AUGCUUGAACACUGCUCUGACCCCGGUUCGGCUCGAAAAUCUGGUGUUUUCGGGUAUAAAGAAGCCACUGCAGCACUCUCUAGGGUUGCUGACGGAACUGUGCCGAACGCUACCCCCGGAUUGGUCCAGGCGCUGCUUGACAACGAUGCCAGUGUCUGCUUCGAGCGACGAAAGAGCUCAAACCUCCUCAAAAAGAUGCUGGGGAGGAACCAAGAAUAUAUCCGUAGCAAUUUGCUGGAGAGGGCAACUCUGAACUGCUCCUCAGGCAUUUUGCGUCCCCUCAUAAUGGAAGCCGAUGAGCUAGCCUUAGAUCGAGCAUUGCCCAUCGCUAUGAACCAGAACGAUGAGGAGAAAGUCACGAUGCUUCGCAUAAAGGGCGCCGACGCAGGGCCCCUGUGUGAACAAUUCCUCCGCUCGGUUGACUCUGGUGUUAACGGGGUGGUAAAGCCGUUGGUUUCCGGAUUCAAGGGUGCAUGCCAGAAAUGUCGUGAUGAUGGACUUGUUCGGGCUGCAAAGCUUGGUUCCGGAUCUAUGGUUCAGAUUCUGCUGGAUAAUGGCGCCGACGUGAACUUCGGAAACGGGGCGGCCCUGACGGCAGCCAUCGAGGAUGCAAAAUCGCCGCAUCCCGAAUUGCUCGACAAGGCCGUACUACAGUCAUAUAAUUACGGGCGACCUAGGGUCCUUGAAGAAUGUCUUAAGGCGGGUGCACAAGGACCAGGAACGGCUCUCACGCUCGUCCAUACGAUACGGAGGGAGCAACACGAAUUGGCCGAGACUCUUGUGAGAUAUGGCGCCUCGGUGGAGUACAACGAUGCUGAAGCUCUGAGAUUUGCGCUUGGCAACGGGAAACCGGAACUGUUACGCAUUCUUUUCUGCGCAUUCCACGAGGUCGGAAAAAUUGGCGACAUUCAAGUCGCACGCCGAACGGUUGAACCCCUGAUACUAGCAGGUCUACGCGGCGACCAUUUGAAUGAUAUGCUGUCUCGAUAUGAACUAGUCGACCUCCUUCUAACAAAAGGGGGUGCGGAUGUCAACUCCUGUGACGGCCGUCCCCUCGCGCUUGCGGCGGCAGAAGGAUGGGCGAGAAUCCUCCAAUUACUCAUCUCCUAUCGCCCGCAUGUAAAAUCGCUCAGGAGUGCUUUAGAGCCUACGAUGAGAUCGAUACUUGCCGGCGCCAGGGAAGAUACCUCGGCUAUCGAUGAUCUGAAGGCUACAGCACUUGCAUUAGCUGCGAGAUUCCAACACCUUGACAUUCUAGGGCUUUUAGUUCAAUCGGGAGUGUCAAUCCCUUCCAUUAACGCCGGAUUAGCUGAAGCUAUCUCGGGAGGGGAUCAUCUCUUCAAAGCAGAGGGUCUGGAGAUUGUCCAAUUCUUCCUCGAACACGGGGCGUCCGGUCCAUUGGUUGACGAGGCGUUCUGUCAGGCCGUGAGGCUGUUUGAGAGCGACGCUAUUGAACUGUUGUCGACGUCAGUCAGUCCAGCUGCCGUUGACCAGGCUUUGAAGGGUCUAAUAGAGCAUUCGGAUGACUGGCAUGCUCCCGACGACCGCAACAUCUGGCUCGUUGAGCUCCUACUAGAAUGGGGUCCAAGUAGCGAGACAGCUUACGUCUCAGGACGCUCUUCGGAGGUCCUCAUCGACAUGAUACUAGGAUCUGGGAAGGCCGACGUAAAUUACAGCAAGGCGGAAGCACUCAAGAUUGCAGCUAAAGCUGGAAACGUGAGCUUGUUGAAGAAGCUCGCUACCAGCGGUGCGACUCGAGAGACCCUAACAUAUGCUUUUGCUGAAGCGGUUGCGGUCGAGGUAGACGAGGAUACAGUACUGAGUCUGAUCAAUACACUCAUUCUCGGUCAGAAUGCAGAAUGUCGUCCCGACUUUUCUGCUGUUUUACCUGGUCGAUCCCCGCCUAUCAUCGAAUGCCUGAUUGCACAUCCGGAAUCGGUGAAGCUCGUGAAGCAUCUAGCGCAGCUAGGAUGUGACCUGGAGGCUAAAUGCGACACCGUCUUAUUCAAGCAUGCCGAACCAGUCGGCGUGCUCAUGUGGUCUUUGAAAGCUGACAGUCCGGUAUCAUCUCUUGCCAUCGAGGCACUGAUUGACGCGAAAGCAAACGUGCAAGCUGCAGCACCUCUUUCCAGGGCAACACCUUUGAUCCUGGCCGCAAUAAACGGCCGCCGAGAUGUGGUGGAAAAGCUCAUCAAAGCGGGCGCCAAUACUCUUGCUCGUGACCAUUGGGACAGGACAGCCUUAUACUGCGCCGCCCAAGCUGGCAGUUUGGAGACCGUCAAGCCCUUGCUGAAGGCAAAAUUCAGACAUACUGACGGCAGUCUCCACGAAGCGGCUAGAGAGCUCCAUGAUGAUGUUGUAGCUGCGCUCAUAAAGGCAGGGUAUAGUACCAACUUUCCCAGCAGCAGGCCUGAGCACGACGGUCGAACCCCGAUUCAGGAGUUAGCGUACAAAUGUGAUGGGAUGAGAAGCGCCUCCGAGAUAGAACCAACACUUCUAGCGUUGAAGGCAGGAAAGCUCAACCCCUAUGACAAAUGGCAAGGCAAAAAUCCGCUAUUCCUCGCACUCGAAAAUUCAUACGCCGUCACCCUUGCCCUUCUUGACGUUGUCAUGUGGCCUAUCAUUAACCACGAGGACAACGUUUUCAUAGACUGGGACCAAAACGGGACGCGUCUUUUCUUCUCGCCCACCAUGUACAUGAAGUUUUACCAGUCACACACCAGCGGCUAUCAGCAGCUAGAGGGGCUUUUGAGAACGAAACAUUGCGUAGACCGGUACUAUGCAGAAUUAGGGGCGGAACAGCCACAAGGCGCCAUUGGGCUUCCGGACGACAUUGAAAAAGAGGAUAGAAGGAUACGGGCGGAAGCGGAGAAGAGACGAAAGCGCGAGCAGGAGCAUCAGGAUAAGCUACGAUGGGAGAGUGAAGAGGCCGCUCUGAAACGGGACAACAUCGCACUGCUGCAUCGAAGGCAGGUAGAUCAGCAAGCGGAGAAGAAUGUCAUGACCGAGCAGUCUAAAGCUCGUUCUAUGUUCAUCAGCCAAUCCGAGCAGCAGCGCAAGCAGCAGCUAGAGCUCAGUUUCCAGCAAAAAAUUGGUCGGCAGAAGCUCGAGCAGCAACGGAACCAAAACAUGUUGGCCGCCGAGGCCCAAAGACAGAAAAUGCUUCUCCAGCAGGCGGCUGGACGACGGUGA